GAUCGUGGCCUGCCUGGCAAACUGGAGCCCGUGUCGCCCGUGAGCCCUGCUCACCCUGAUGCCGAGCUGGACCUGCUGCCUGCCCGGCUCUCCAAGGAGGAGCUCAUUCAGAACAUGGACCGCGUGGACCGCGAGAUCACCAUGGUGGAGCAGCAGAUCUCCAAGCUGAAGAAGAAGCAGCAACAGUUGGAGGAAGAAGCAGCCAAACCACCAGAGCCUGAAAAACCCAUCUCCCCGCCUCCUAUCGAGUCCAAACAUCGCAGCUUGGUGCAGAUCAUCUACGACGAGAACAGGAAGAAGGCAGAGGCUGCCCACCGGAUCCUGGAAGGACUGGGUCCUCAGGUGGAGCUGCCAUUAUACAACCAGCCUUCAGACACCAGGCAAUACCAUGAAAACAUUAAAAUAAACCAGGCAAUGCGGAAAAAGUUAAUUUUGUACUUUAAGAGGAGAAAUCAUGCUCGCAAGCAGUGGGAACAGAAGUUUUGCCAACGUUAUGACCAGCUGAUGGAGGCCUGGGAAAAAAAAGUGGAGCGCAUUGAGAAUAACCCACGGCGCCGCGCCAAAGAGAGCAAAGUGCGGGAAUACUAUGAGAAGCAAUUCCCGGAGAUCCGGAAGCAGCGGGAACUGCAAGAGCGCAUGCAGAGGGUAGGACAGAGGGGCAGCGGCGGGCUCUCCAUGUCAGCUGCACGCAGCGAGCAUGAGGUGUCAGAAAUCAUCGACGGGCUCUCUGAACAAGAGAACCUGGAGAAGCAGAUGCGCCAGCUCGCCGUCAUCCCACCCAUGCUCUACGAUGCUGACCAGCAGCGCAUUAAAUUCAUCAACAUGAACGGCCUCAUGGAUGACCCCAUGAAGGUCUACAAGGACCGGCAGGUGAUGAACAUGUGGAGCGAACAGGAGAAGGAGACCUUCCGGGAAAAGUUUAUGCAGCAUCCAAAGAACUUCGGCCUGAUCGCAUCCUUUCUGGACAGGAAGACGGUGGCAGACUGUGUCCUCUAUUACUACCUGACCAAGAAGAAUGAGAACUACAAGAACCUUGUAAGAAGGAAUUACCGGCGGCGCGGGAAGGGCCAGAAUCAGCAGCUUGCUCGUUCAAGUCAGCAGCAAAUGCCCCGGAGCGGCCAAGAAGAUAAAGAUGAAAAAGAGAAAGAAAAGGAGAAAGAGGGAGAGAAGGAGGAAGACAAGCAGGAAACAGAGAAUGACAAAGAAGAACUGACAAAGGACAAGAACGAUGACACAUCCGGGGAAGACAACGAUGAGAAGGAAACGGUCACCUCCAAAGGUCGGAAAACUGCCAACAGCCAGGGCAGGCGCAAGGGCCGCAUCACCCGCUCCAUGGCCAAUGAAGCCAACAAUGAGGAGGCAGCUGCCCCACAGCAGAGCGCAGAGCUCGCUUCUCUGGAGAUGAAUGAGAGCUCUCGCUGGACUGAAGAGGAGAUGGAGACAGCUAAAAAAG